AUGGAUGACUACAACAGGUGGUCCAAGCAUCUCCCUGAUGAUUUGAUUGAGAUGAUUGUGAAGCGUCUAACCCUAGUCGAUUCAAUCAGAUUCGCUGCUGUGUGUCCUUCUUGGAGAAGUGUAUCAUCACAAUGGUCUCAACGAGUAACCCGACUUCCAUGGCUCUUGGAUUCGACUGAGAUUCUAGACUCAGAAACUGUGAAUUAUAGGCUCUACAGUCCAAGUGAAGACAGAGUCUACGACCUCAAGUUUCCAAGAGAAAAUAAUAAGUUGGAUGCUUCACAUAGUUAUGGGAUACGUUGCUUGGGAUCUAUUGAUGGCUGGUUGAUAAUGUCUGAAUGGACAUUGAAUAAUAUUUCGUAUGAUCGUAAGUCCAUCAAUUAUUUCUUGAACCCAAUGACAGGUGAUCGUAUUAAGCUGCCCCAGCAGACCGAAUUCAUCCCAAAGACAUCCGCAGCCUCUUCAGAUCCAAGAUGUUCUGAUUGCAUUGUUGCAAUUGGAGAAGGGUCGAAUUUGGUAUUUUGCAGGCCAAGUAGUCAUGAAUUAUGCCCUUGGGAAGGGCACCAAGAUUGUCAUGUACAAUACGUUAAAUUUCAUGAGGAUGGCAAGUUAUACAUAAUAGGAUUGGGUGAUACGUGCUGUAUACUUGUUGUUCUUGUUCUUGUUUCUGUUCUUGUUUUAGAUCCCUUAAAUCAAUGUCAAGGCAAAGGCAGGUGUGAGAAAAUUAUUGCUUAUAGGGAAAUGACAAUAUCAGUUCCAGGGGAUCCGUACAACGAAACCGCGCUGUCCUGGUCUCCAUCAUUUUUCUGGUCCUCCAAAGGUGAGUUUUUAUUGUUUUGGUGGUUUCGCAGAGGCGACUUUCCAUUUCGAAUGUUCAGGAUAGAUGAUAAAAGUGGUUAUAAUCCUAUUUGGGUGAGAUUGGAGAAGAAUGAUAUUGCUGAAGACGAAGUAGUCUUUCUAUCCUUCUUUCACAGCACCUCAAUGUCAAAGUCGAAGUCAUUUAUGACAACCAUAGACGAGGCUUUUCUUGGACUUCAUUGCGGAAAUUUUUUCAUCUACGAUCCCGAUCGUUCGUUGACUAGUGACUUGAAGAUUUUAGAUUGGGUAUGGUUUACGCCCAAUAUAACCAAAUAA